UGUUGCCUGUUCAGUCGCCAUCUUGUGUGAUUGUGUCUGGCUUCAGGCGCGCGCACUGAAACUCAAUCCGAUAUAAACUGACGUGAUGGCGGCCAUCCGUAAGAAACUGGUGAUCGUUGGUGACGGCGCGUGCGGGAAAACGUGUCUGCUCAUCGUCUUCAGUAAAGAUCAGUUUCCGGAGGUUUACGUGCCCACCGUUUUUGAGAACUACGUGGCCGACAUUGAAGUGGACGGGAAACAGGUUGAGUUGGCGUUGUGGGAUACGGCGGGUCAGGAGGAUUACGAUCGCUUGCGGCCGCUCUCUUAUCCCGAUACUGACGUGAUUCUCAUGUGUUUCUCCAUCGACAGUCCCGACAGUCUCGAGAACAUUCCAGAGAAAUGGACCCCAGAGGUGAAACAUUUCUGUCCGAAUGUUCCCAUAAUCCUGGUGGGUAACAAGAAGGACCUGCGGAACGAUGAACACACUCGCCGUGAACUCUUUAAGAUGAAGCAGGAGCCCGUGAAACCGGAGGAGGGCCGCGACAUGGCCAACAGAAUCUGUGCUUUUGGAUACAUGGAGUGUUCUGCGAAAACGAAAGAUGGUGUGAGGGAGGUUUUCGAGAUGGCCACCAGGGCGGCGCUGCAGGCCAGACGGGGCAAGAAGAGCAAUAAAUGUGUUGUGCUGUAAACGGACUGAACUCACCCUCAACUUGUAUUUUAUUUCUUUUAACUGAAUUCAGUUCAUCUAGUGAGUUUGUGUCAGUAUUUAAAUAAUUCUGUUUAUGAGUGAACUCAUCAUAUUCAGCGUCGCUGCAGAUAUGCCACAACACACGGACGAGACUUGAAAUUCAUGUUUUUGUCUUUCAAAGCAAACAGGAUUUGGUAUCUUUGUGUAUUAAAACCUUUAUAAGAAUCUUGUGCUGAUUUGAGUUUCUCUUCAGUGUUUUUAAUUGAAUCCAGAUGAAGAACUGGACAAUAAGGAUUUGAAUGUUAAAAAUAACAGAUAAUGUAGAGCUGUUUACAAUGUUUUUAAUGUCCAAAAUAGCUGAUUUGACAUUCAUAGUUCUGUUUUUUAAUUGCCUUUUGGCUUCAAGAUAACCGAUUAAAAAAUAAAGCAAUGAUGAGUGAUGAGGAAAUUCACUCUGUGAUCAAAAUUCAACAUUUAAUUCAUCAUAAUUCAUUUUUUCACAAACCUUUAUUUGAAAUUAAAUUUGGAUACAGCGUGAUUUUUGACAUUGAUCAAAUGUGUCUAACCCUGAAAACGUGUAUUACAUGUAAAUCAUCAACAGAAGAAGCAUCUGAGCUGAUUAAAGCGGUGAAAUACAUUGAGAAAAUAAAACAAAUGUAGUUUUUAUGAAA